AGUAAACUUUGCUUACGCAGCCGGCUCCAUUCAUUCUCUGAAGCCAAUCACUUCCUCUGUUGGUGGCUGAUAAGAAUUUAAUGGCUUGAGAAGGUGGAGUGUCAGCAUCCCUAGUGGUAAACACAUUCCCAGGCAUAUCAGUAGUUUCUGUCCAUCACCCAUGCUGGAAGCUAUUUGGAAAAGGAGAACUAGAAAUCGGGGAAGGGAAAUCAUGUAUCAUCAUCCUGUCUGGAACAUCCAGAAGACUUUAUGCUGUUUUCAUUAUGUGGAUUCACUAGAGAAAUGACUACCUUUGAUCAGCCAAGUAAAAUAAAAAACUUGUUUAUUUGCUGCCUGUGCCCCUCACGGUUGCUGAGGAUUUGGACUUGCAGGCGACCAAGGACAAGGAGGAAUCUGCUAGUGGGCACCGUGUGUGUGAUCUACCUGGGGUUCCUCAUCAGUCAAGUGGGUCAUGUUUUACCCCAGCACAAAGGAGGACAUCAAAAAAUACGUUCCGGAAGUCUCCAAGAUGCAGCCCAAUCUCCUUUUCUGGGCAUCCCACUGGAUGGCACCCUGUCACCACCCAAUUUCCAGGAACCCCAGCUUGGUAGCAAUGGGACCUUGCUGCCACCCAACGUAGUUUAUAUCACCCUGCGAUCCAAGCGCAGCAAGCCUGCCAAUAUCAGAGGUACAGUGAAGCCAAAGCGCAGGAAGAAACAUGCAACCCCUUUGUCUUACAGGCAGCGCUUUCCAGAAGCCACUUUUACAGGCUGGGAGAAGGCCUUUGCCCAACACCCAGGAAGGGCCACACAUGCUGUGGGCACAAGGGAAGCAGCAGUAUCUCUGGAUGUGAGAAAGCAUCAGCUGGAUGAACACAGGCAAAAAGGAAUGGCAGUCAGGGAGAGGGGACACCGGAGACCUGAGGGGAUCCCUGUAAAGGCACAGCCUCUGCCUGAGGAAAGCAACAUCAGAAUUUACAGUGAGAGCUCUCCCUCAUGGCUGAGCAAAGAUGACAUCCGAAACAUGCGCAUGCUGGCGGAUUCUCGGAUAGAGAGCAUCCAAGAAGUACCUUCUCACAAAGCAGUCCUGCUGGUAUUUGCCAGAGAUCACAACACCACAGGAGCUGCUUGUAACCAGGGACAUUGUGGCAUCAUCAAAAGACCCCUUGACAUGAGUGAAGUGUUUGCCUUUCAUUUGGAUAGGAUCUUGGGACUAAACAGGAGCUUACCUUCUGUAAGCAGGAGAUUGGAGUUCUUCCAAGAUGGUCAAGCCCGUCCUGUUAUUCUCUGGGAUUCCUCACUGAGUCCAACAGAUAGUAACACCCAUUCUUCAGUGAGGCUAACCUGGGGGCAAUAUCAGCUGCUAUUAAAGCAGAAGUGCUGGCAGAAUGGUAAAGUUCCCAAAGCUGAGUGGGGCUGUACUGAGAUCCAUCAUCACGAGUGGUCCAAGAUGGCACUCUUUGAUUUUCUUCUGCAGAUCUAUAAUCGACUAGACAAAAACUGCUGUGGAUUCAAACCUCUCAAAGAAGAUUCCUGCAUGCAGCAAGGACUGAAGCUGAAAUGUAGUGAUCAGAAUGCCAUUGAACUGACGCACAUAGUCCAGAGAGGGCAUGACCGAAGACAUUUGGCCUUUAUCGACAAUAAAGGUUUCUUUGACCGAAACGAAGACAAUCUUGACUUCAAAAUACUGCAAGGAAUCAAUGAAUUCCCUGAGUCUGCAGUUUCAGUGCUGAGAAGCCAGCGUUUACGUGAGAAGUUGCUUCAGUCUUUGUUCCUCGACAAAAUAUACUGGGAGAGCCAAGGAGGCAGAAAAGGAAUUGAAAAACUUAUUGAUGUAGUAGAGAGGAGGUCGAAAAUUCUUCUCACUUAUAUAAAUGCACAUGGAGCCAAAGUAUUGCCCAUGAAUGAGUGAAGCAGUCUAUCUGAGAAGUAGUGUUUUAAAAUGUUGGAUGAGGCAAAAAUUGGCAGUAAAACUGAUUUAAUUUAUAGGUUUCUACCCCCUCCCCCCAACUUCCAAGUUAAUUUUUAAAUAAGAAAUCUUGCAUGUUUUAAAAGGAGCAGUUAACUGUCAGCUGCAGCUCAGCACAGUGUAGUCUUUUCUGUGUCACUGGUGAAAUGAAAUGAAAAAUAACUAAGUGGUACUUUAACUAAUGUAGUAAUAUGUACGCAUCAUGAACAUUCAUUCUGUUAAACCAAAAGUUAUCAACAGGAUUUUCACUACCUUAGGCUGGAUUAUUAUUUCUUCCCUCAUUUAAGCCAGUAAAAGUUUUGUUGCAAAUUUAAAUGGGAGCAGAGAUUUGGAAGCACUUAAUACCUUGAUGAAACUUGCCCUUGCAUCUACCUGCUGAAACAUACCUAGUACAGCAAUUUGUCUUUUUGUAUUAUGAAUGCUAAAAUGCCCAUAUUUCCAAAGGCUUACUCUGUUUUAUUUUCUUUUGGUCUUCUGAAAUCUGAGGAUUAAAUUCAGCCUUUAGAUGCAGAAGUGUUUGCACUGGACAUGAGGGAAAUUUGACAACAGAGUGAGGUGAACAUAUUAUGUAACAAUAAUAUUUAAUUUCACAAAUGCAGUUUUUACAUGUUCAUGGGGUUCAAUUCAUCAUGAGUCACUCAUAACAAUGUACUAUUUUCAGCAGAGGUUGUUUUGAUGUGUAAAUGGCUGAUCUGAUAUUUUCAGUCUAUUGUUUAACUGGGGUUUGUUCAUAGAUUUGCCCUUUAUGAUCACUAUGUUAAAAAAAAAAAGAAAGAAAAAAAGAAAAAAAAAAGAAAGAAAUUCACCUGUAGGAAACUGAGCUUUGGUUUUGUGUGAACAUGCUGCAAAAUCAGUGCAUAUUUUGGUUUUUUUGCAGCAUUAUUGACAUUUUUUUGGGUAGCAUAUAUAAAAACAGCAAGCCUACUAAGGCCCUGAGUGUUCAGCUGAGCACAGAGAAUGCAUGUGCUGUAUGCUUAGCUCUAGCCAGCAAUUUAUGCUUGGUGUUCCCAUCAAAAUUGACCACUGUGGGGUGAAGAUUCUAUCUGCAAACUUGACUCAAGUAUACCCACAGAUAAGGUAGCUGGAAGAGGAUGGAGAAGCACAUCAGAUUAUUAAUUUUCUUCUACUCCAGAAAUAAAAUAUCAGUUAGUGUAGUCUGUCAUGACAUUUACCUUCCCCCUGCCUUAGAAAGACUCUUAGCAUCUUUCCAGAGGAAUAUAUAUGAUCUUCUUGCCAUGAGAUAAUGGCAGAAGUGGAAUACUUUCGUAGCUACACUUUGUGCAUACUUUAAAAAAAAAGAAAAAAAGGAAGUGUAAGAUUUUAAAAUACUUUGGAAAGUGCUUGUGUGGCACUAAUGAGAAGCUAAAAUGUUUCAUGUCAAUGUUAAUGAGGAUGGGUGAAUAUAAUGCUUUAAAUAAUUACAUUCCACUGCAGCUUAAACAGAUUUUCUUUCUUAGUUCCAGAACAGCUAUUAACAAUAAUUGCAUUACUAGAAGAAGUAGAUCUCAUUAUAGGCAUAGUUAAUCAUACUCUCUAAAAUUGUAAGAGCUUGGCCAUCUAAAUAAUCUUUUCUUUCAUUCUGUCAAGAAAGGGCAGAUAAAUUUGUAAAAACUUCCUAGAACUUAACUAUUGCCAUGAGAGGACAUAUUUUAGAAUGCUUUGGACCUUUUAAUAGGACCACUAUAGGAUUUUAUAGCAUUUUCAUAUUAUCCCUGUCGUAAAGUGUUUUAACUUACUAGGCAGGAAAUUUCUAUCAGAGAAACACAAACAUUACUGUAGCUUGCACUGUGAACAGAGCCUAGAGAAAGAAAUAAUCCUUUGGAUGCAUUUCACGUGGAAUUCCUGCUGCACCAAGUGCCACUCUUCAAUGACCAAUACAAUCAAUCUCAAUUUCUAACCUGUCUCAUGGUUUUCUUCCUGCUAGACAUCUGUUUAAGUGGAGCCACACUCUCUUCCAGAUGCAAGAGAAAGGCACAACUCUUAACUACACUUAGCUUAGAUGAAGACCAAGUGGAGAUACAAGAGAGUACCAAAUCAUGAACUAAAGUCCUAGAAGAACUCUGUCUAUAGCUUCUUCUCUUCUGUCUUUAGACUGUGCAUCCUGAUGCCAAGUCAUUGCCUCACAUUGACCACUUGUAUUUUUUUCCAGAAUUGACUCAUUGUCCAAGAAGAAAAUUAAAUCAGAAAUCACUUGUUGUUGGUUUU